AUGGCAGUGAACAGCUCAUUUUUGAGUUUCGAUGGAGGCAUUCAACAGUUAGAAGGUGAAGAUACCUCUAUAAUUCUACCAGCCGUUAUCGGUACGAUCAGUGGGAUUGGAAUCGGCGGGAAUGUUUUGGUGCUUUUGGUUUUAAUAUACAUUUUCACCAGACAGAGAGAAUCUGAGGCAUAUGUGAUGCUAGGCAACUUGAGCGCAACUGACUUGUUAAUACUCAGUCUGUGCGCUCCCGUGCGCGCGCUGACAUACUACAAGCGCACUUGGACACUGGGGCUAACGGCUUGCACAACUACGGAGUGGAUCCAGCAUAGCUGUCUGGCUGUAAAAGCUUAUACACUGUUAGCAGCAAACCAAGCACGCCAUAACUUUUCCUCCAAUCCCGAGGAGCACUCGCGUUUCCGUCCAAAGCACGUUUUGGUAACCUUAGUGAUAAUAUGGACGGUUGCGCUGGUUUUUCCAAUUCCUGAUAUCGUGUUCUCCAGGUUAAAAGAAGAUGGAAAUAUCAGUCUGUGUGUCUCUGAAUCACCAACUUACUCUCAAGAUGCAAUGCGUUUGUAUAGUAAAAUAUUACCGAUGGCCAUUUAUGUUCUCCCCAUCAUCCUCUCCACUGCGUGCCACAUCAGGACCAUCUUCCACAUCAAACCUAGUGCGCAUGAUGAGACGCUUGUGGCGCGCCAGUAUGAAAGUUCAUUGCUGUUCUUGAGCAUCAUCGCCAUGAACGCGCUUAUGAUGCUGCCCGAGUGGGCCUUUUGGGUUUGGGUGCGUCACAGCUCUGCCGAACGAUGCAAACCUCCAGCUGGCUUGCUGAUCUUCGGUCAAGUGUGCGUUUACCUAUCCAGCGCCUUUUGUCCCGCAAUCCUUCUCACAAUGCACGUGCCACUCAGAGAAAGUCUAAGUAAUUUGUGUUCCCUGUUAGCUUGUCGAGGUGCGAAACACAGGCUGAAGGGUAACGGUGAUGAGAUGCGCGUAGUGGUUACGAAGAUGCUGGAUGAGCGUGCAUGCGUGUCCACCCUGUGCAAAAUUGAAAGACAUUCAGAUGCGUCAUGCCAAACUCUCCCGGAUCUCCAGCAUUUUUGGAGCGAAAGGCGAAACACUACAGUCAUAGAGGAUGGGGAUCCGUUACCAUGGGAACGACUGAAUCAAAGCAACGUUGAACUUUAA